AUGAUGGUUCAAUUUCGAUCUCUCCUCGCUUUCUUGCCUCUUAUGCUCUCCUCAACAGCAUUCCUUCUUCCCCGCCAAGCAACCACAACGCAGGUCUACAAAUUCCCUUCCACCGCCUCGAUCGAAGGAAUCGGUAUCCGAGAAAAUGGUCAAAUUCUCAUCACUCGUAUGGACGCUGGGGAAAUCUGGCAAUAUGAUCCUACGACAAAAGCCGCAGCAAAACUCAUCUCCAUCUCGGGAGUCACAGCUACCGCAGGUAUUGUGGAAUUAGCACCCGAUGUAUGGUACAUCGUUGGCGGAAAAUACUCAGGGGGUGCGAAUACAGCGGGAAGUUGGGGGGUCUACAAGCUGAAUUUGAAUGGUGCCAGUCCGGCGUUGAGCACGGUCAAGGUUGUGCCGGAGAGUAAACUUUGGAAUGGGUUGACUAAGUUGGAUAACGAUACUUUACUUAUCGGAGAUGCGCAGGCAGGGAGUGUGUUCAAGAUGAGUGCCUCCACCGGUAAAUACUCAGCCAUCAUCACUGCGAACUCGGAAAUGACACCCGGAGGUGGAAUCCCCUUCGGUCUUGAUGGCAUUCGCUACUACAAUGGCUCUUUGUACUUUACGAACAUUUCGAAGAAUACAUUCUCGAGAGUACCGAUUGAUGCCAGCGGUAAGGCGGGGACGGUAGUCAAGAUCUAUAGCAAUACCCCUGGAGACGAUUUGAGUUUUGAUAGUUUGGGAAAUGCGUAUGUUGCGACCAACUUGCAGAACUCAGUUAUCAAGGUGGAUGCAGCCGGGAAGAUUACUAAGUUGGCGACUGUCAGUGGAAGUACCUGUACGGCGUUUGGGAGGACGGAGGCGACCAAGAAUACACUUUAUGUGGGGGGUGGAAGUUCUGUUAUGAGCUUUCCUGUUACUUUCUAA